AUGGCUGAGCUAGUGAUAAUGUCAAUGGUCGAGCUGGGAAACGACAGCUCAGCUGUGGACGUGCUAGAAGAACUGAGCAUGAUGGAUGACGAGGUCUCCAAAACCUCGGGUGUGACAAGAGAGCUUGAAGAGAAGUCCAUGCUCUGGCUUGCACUACUCGAGACUGACGGCCCUACGGACGACACUUGUGAAUGA